AGUGAUAAUUAGAACUGUGUUGUGUAGGUAAUCAAAAACCCUAGCCUUCACCCUUUCAGCCUUUUUUCUUUUCAUCUUAGACCAUGUUUGGUUAAGUUCAAUCGUCCCAAGAGAAAGACGAAGAAGAAGAAGAAGAAGAGAAUUAGGGAUAGGGCAGGGAUUAGGGAUGUAUAAAGAACGAGGAGGUGUUGCCGUCACUGUUUCUGCUUCCAAAUCGGAGGAUCGGAAGCGAAUCAACGACGUUCUCGACAAGCACCUCGAACGAUCCUCGCCCUCCACCUCUCGCCCCAUCAACGCCACCUCCAAAAAUUCCAACCUCCAAGCGGAGGAAUCUGAAACGGAGAGUGAAGAGUCCGAUGUUAGCGGUUCGGAUGGAGAUGACACCUCUUGGAUCUCUUGGUUCUGCAAUCUUAGGGGAAACGAGUUCUUUUGCGAGGUCGAUGAUGAUUACAUCCAGGAUGACUUCAACCUCUGUGGAUUGAGCAGUCAAGUGCCCUACUAUGAUUAUGCCCUUGAUUUGAUUCUCGAUAUCGAAUCAUCCCACGGUGACAUGUUCACGGAGGAACAGAACGAGUUGAUUGAAUCAGCGGCGGAAAUGCUUUACGGUCUGAUUCAUGCCAGAUAUGUGUUGACCAGCAAAGGAAUGACUGCUAUGCUUGACAAAUACAAGAACUAUGAUUUUGGUAGAUGUCCGAGAGUUUACUGCUCUGGACAGCCCUGCCUCCCAGUUGGUCAAUCAGACAUUCCUAGGGCGAGUACUGUCAAAAUAUACUGCCCUAGGUGCGAAGAUCUUUACUAUCCUCGCUCCAAGUAUCAAGGCAACAUUGAUGGAGCUUAUUUUGGAACAACAUUUCCUCACCUUUUCUUGAUGACAUAUGGACAACUGAAGCCACAGAAACCAUCACAAGGCUAUGUUCCGAGAGUUUUUGGGUUCAAAGUCCACAAGCCAUAAAGCUGAUACUGAAACUUUCACUAAAGUAAGAAUCUGCCCUUGUCCCAUUUAACUCUUCCUCCUUUUGAUUCUCAUUGCUGCACCCGGCGGAUCAUAAGCUUUCUGAACCAGUACAAUUUAGGCAUCUGUUUUAGGACCGUGUUGUAAAGAAAUAUGCAGACAUGUGAAGCAAGUGCUUAGUUUCAGCUACCGAUUCAAUGAGCAAGUACGUAGGUACUUGUCGACACUUUUUUAAUGGCCUACAAAUUGUAUUCUUGCUAUUAACUUAAAAUUGUCUAUGGUUAUGCCUCGCAUUAGAACUAUCCUACUACUUUUAUGUCGUUUACCUCAUUUCUGUAGUCUUGGAAUUUGUGGAUAUGAUUUCAAUGGAUUCAUACAUUAUACUGGUUUUAAA